UAUCUUUUUAAAUAUGCAGCACUAAAAAAUGGAAAUGAAUGUAGAUGUGGUAAUAACACUGGUUUAGAUGCUUACAUUAAAUUAACUAAUGAUAAACUACCUAAUAUAAACAUCAGUCAGAAGCUUGAAAUAAUUAAUGACCUUAACCUUAAUAAAGAUGUUAGAUAUAAAGGAUGUUAUAAGGAAAGUCCUUAUUGUAAUCAAAGAAUUUUAAAUGGUAUAUCAGAGGAAGUUUCUGGGAUGACAAUCGAAAUGUGUUUAAAAUUUUGUGGAGAGAAUAAAUAUAAGUAUGCGGGACUCGAG